AUGUCACCCUUACCCCCCCAACCGGUGACUGACAGCGUGCCCCUGUGGGUGGAGGCUGGCGGCCCUCGACGGCGCCAGGAGAUGGGAGACGCCCUGCUCUCCCAGAACAGACCUGACUCCUUUUCUGAGUCCAGCCUGGCGCGUCCUCCAGCCUCGGCCCCCACCCGCGUGGGGAGAGACAGAGCCUUCUGGGACGGGCGGCCGCUUCUCUGA